AUGGACUUGAAUGUCUAUAGAAACGGAGAUUCUGAGGACACAGAUCUUGGCUUUGCCUUCAACGAUUUUAGUUUCUCAGAUAGAAUCAUUCAACUAGAAAUCAUAGAGGAACUUAUUGAUGUUUGCCCUAAUGUCAAGAGUUCCUCCAUUAGUGCUAAUCAAACUAUCCUCGGCAAAAGGAGAAGGGAGGACAUCCAGAAAGACAAUGUAGAAGACUUAUUGUUGGACCAGCCUGAUAUACACGAUUUUGCGGCGUGUAAGCCUUGGGAUUUAGAGGUGGAUGUAAUGGCUGAAGCAUCCAUGGCUGAUGAUGAGACUGUCAAUCCCACAAAUGUUGCAGAUUCUCUCACGGACUGCUCUCCAGUACUUAAAGUGAGAACACUACAUAUUAACUCUUCCAUCCUGGCUGCGAAGAGUAUGUUCUUCUAUAAGCUCUUCUCUAACGGGAUGAAGGAGUCGCGACAAAUGCACGUCACCCUGAGAAUCCAUGCAUCUGAGGAAGCUCCAUUCAUGGAGCUUUUGAACUUUAUGUACAACAGUUCUCUAAACGCGACCUCACUACCUAGAUUGUUGGACGUCUUCAUGGCGGCUGACAAGUUUGAUGUGUCGUCCUGCAAUAAGUACUGCAGUCGGAGAUUGCUGAAUGUACCCAUGACAACGGAGUCUGCGUUGAUCUACCUAGAGCUUCCUUUGAGUGUGCGAAUGUCUAAUGCUGCUCAGCCAUUGGCUAUAGCAGCAAAAAAGUAUCUUGUUGCUCGUUACAAGGACAUCACAAUGCAUCAAAAGGAGCUGAUGGAAUUGCCACUUGUUGGGAUUGUGGCAUUGUUAUCUAGCGAUGAGCUGCAGGUCGCAUCUGAGGAUGUAGUGUACGACUUCGUGCUGACAUGGGCUCAAACACAGUACCCUAGUCUGGAAGAGAGGAGAAAAAUUCUCAGAGCAAAUCUUAUCCACUUCAUCCGCUUUCCGUUCAUGACCUGUCCCAAGCUGAAGACGGUCCAAACUUGCAACGACUUCGACCAUGAAGUCACUUCUAAGGUAGUAUUUGAAGCCUUGUAUUUCAAGUCUGAGGCACCACACCAACAAAAGAUACUAGCUACGGAAUCUGCUUCCACUAGCCACCUCUUCAUUGAGCGUUCAUACAUGUACCGCCCUAUUAAAGUUGUGGAAUUUGAACAUCCACAUCAACAGUGUGUGGUCUACUUAGACCUAAAACGGGAGGAGUGUGGCAACUUGUUCCCCUCUGGCCGCGUCUGCUCACAACCCUUCCAUUUAGGCGGUCAGAGAUUUUUCUUAUAUGCGCAAUGCAAUAUGGACCCAUGUCGCUUCUACCAUAGUUUUGGCUUGUUCUUUGGCAUGCAGGAGAAUGGCUCUGCCAACUUCACUGUCGACUAUGAAUUUGCUAUUCGGUCGAGGCCAUCAUUAGAAUACAUCAGAAAGUAUAAAGGCAACUUUAUAUUUACCGGAGGAAAUGCAGUCGGUUACAAGAAUUUUUUUUCAACACCAUGGACAUCGUUAAUGGCGGAGGAUAGCCUUCUCUUUAUUAAUGGCUUUCUAUAUUUUAGAGCAGAGCUAACAAUCAGGAAGCAAGCAGAAUUUCAAUAG